AUGCAACACAAUGAUACAAGUUCAAAUAAUUUAUUUACAAAUAUUGAACGGUUAGGUACACGUGAUUUAUUAUCCUAUGGACAACUUUCAUAUGAUACUAUAUCAACAUCAAUCCAAAAACAAACAAUAAUUGAUAGUUCAUCAAUAAUAUCAUCAUCAGAUAAUAUUCUUAUUGAACUUGUUGAAGAAUUAUAUGAAGGUACUAAACAAUUAUCAACAUUACCAUAUGAAGCUUUACUUUUAUUACGUCCUUUAUCCUUAUUACUUGCACACAUUAUUUUUUUUUUCGUGCUUUAA